AUGUCGGACAAUACCAAUACGAAACUCCUGGUUAUCCUGGUCCAGAGAGUAGCUGAAAAGGCAAGUCGCAUCCUAGUUUAUUUAUCUGCUCUGCCUGUAAACUCAAAUGUCAGCAUACAAGUACUCGAAUCCGACACGGUAUUCGUCCAGACCGUCCAGUCUCUAAUCGAACUAUCCCAAUAUCGACUAAAGGAAGUCGCUGGGGCUCUGACUAGUCUCCUGGAUGCCGUUUCCAAGGGAUCUGGAAAUCCUGGCGACGAUGCUUUUGUCAAGGAAGAGGUCAUGCAUUCACAGUUAUAUGUAUUGAGAAUGCUGGCGAACUGUCUGGCAUACUCUUGGAAGUGUUUUCGAGAAGGACUAGCUGCCUCAAAUGCCAAACCAGCAACACCACAUAGUCUCUUCCCCGACUCGCCAACGCUCCACCGAAUAUCUAUAAUGACAUCACCAAAUGGACCUGCACAGAUAUCUCCUGCUGCUGGAGGACCACCUUCGCCAACAUACGACGACCACUUCCAACCACUCGACGACCAAUUAGCAAAAUACAUCUUAAAUGUCGUAGCCCGCUUCUUUAAUACUUCAUCAUCAACUAUAAACACGGAUAUAAUAUCACAUCAAGUUGGAUCAGGGCCAGGUUGGUCGCUAAUGGACUGGGGAGGACAAGAUGGACACCCUGGCCCAACAGGAACCGGAACAACGAAAUCAAAAUCAAUAUCUGGAGCACUACGUGGAUCACUAUCUUUAUCCUCUUUAUCGAAUUUAUCAUCAAUUCAUAAUUCAUCUACAGGAUUGAGUGGAUCUAUGCAAGGACUAUAUAAUACAGUUAGCCAGUCUGGAUCUCCACAGAUACGAGACUCGCCACCACAGUCUCCAUUGACGGGGAGUGGUCCGGGAUCUGAAAUCAGUCAGGAAAUACAAAGAGCCGCUGGUCGUGUGCUUUUUUAUAUAUCAGCUGCCAAUUGGCCGACAGUGUUCUCUAGGAUCAAGGCGAGAUUUGGGGGGUUUACUGCUGCUGGUCCGGCAGAAUAUGAAGGGGAUUUGACUGAAUUCAAGAUGCUUGAAUGGUGUUCGUUGAAUAGAGCGAGGUUGGGUCAAGUGCUGAAUGAAUUCACCACCUACUCGCCUAAAUUCUCGAAACGUACCGCACACUACGCUCUCAUAGUGUUGAGGAGGGUGAUAUGGAAUUGGAUUGAGACAUUUCCGUUGGAAUUGGUGGCUCUAUUCUCAUCACAAAAGAAGUUGGAAGGUGGUCCUGACGUAUUAUUCGAUUCACUAUUCGCAAUGUCAGAAUCCUCGAAACGAAAAUCUGUAUUCUGGCCGACCCUCACAAUGUUAUUAAUACUAUGUCCAGACAUUUUAUACAAUGUUGGAAUGCAAGGAGCAAGCAAUCAAUCAAAAUCCCUCAAAGGCCAUCCAUCACUCUCAUCAUCCGUAAACAAAGCCGCAUUUCUCGAAACCAUGAAGAAAUCACUGAAAACACGAGGAGCAGGAGACGCAGCUGCACUCUGUUAUGUCGAUAUAUGUAGAGCCAGCACAUAUGUCAGUAAACAGGACGGAAGCGCAUUGAGAAUGAUUGUGCCAAAUAUCGAAAAUGAAUUGAAGGACAAGUUAUUUGAUCCUGCCGUACCUGUCAACCCGCCUGGUCCACCUGGUGCUUCUGGUGAUAAUGCUGUCGAUCAGAAGUUGAUGACUGAAUGUCUUACGGCACUGUUUAAAUUGAAUACGUGGACUACGCUGAGAGGUCUGGUGCCAAUCAUGCUGGAUUCUGCUGCUCCAAUGUCGUUUAAGGUGGUGCUGGUUAAGAGCUGUUAUUCCAUUGUUAGUGAGAUACCUCUACCUUGGAAUCCAACAAUAGACGCAUCACUAGCUAAACCACUGAGAGACUUAUUCCUGGAAGCAAUCGGAAAAGCUGGAACAGUUGAUCCCAAAAAUAAGAAGCUCGCAUCCUUCAUAUCUAGUCAAACUGAUAAAAAGGCCAAGAGAGCGGUCGAAGAAAUCACAGAGAAGAAUGAUAUCAUUUACUAUAUUCUCAGGACGUGGUGUAGAUGUCCUCUUUUGGCUAUUGCGGCCGAUCAUACAAUACUAUCACCAGAGUCUCUACGAGCCUUGCUGGCGGGUAUUGCGACUUGUACCAUAGAUCCAUCUAGUGGAAUACGAAAUAAGGCAGCCGAAGCCAUCCUACAGAUAUUUGAUCCCGAAUUCAUUCCACAAUGGGAUGGAACGAGACCUGAUUGGAGAGCACCUUUAGAUGACGGUGAUUUAACAGAGACAUCAAACACUUUGCGACGAUUCUGGCGUAUAUCGAGCCAAAUACUAUUGUCGCUUGGUAAAUUAGUCUUGGAUGUCAAGGGAGAGAUUGACAAGACUAGCGUGGCUGCUGACUUAGUGGCAUCUGGAGCAGCUGCUGGUACUACUGGCUCACUAUCUAGUAUACGAUACCUCUUUGAACUGGUCCGUGAAUUAUUAAGGAGGAGGAAUGAGCAUCUGAGACGAUACUCGCCUAGUGAUUUGUCUAUAGCUACUAGUGUACCAGACAGAUUAGCAGCUUCUGUAGCUUUGGAAGUUGCUCUCCUGGUAUUUGUAUGUUGCUCUGAACCAGAUGUAUCGAUAUGUGCUGUACAGUGUCUAGGAUUUCUGGUUGAAGAAGCUGAAAUCACUGGUGAAGCACCCAGUGCACAUCCGACAUGGUCUAUAUCAGAUUUUUCUGGAUUGGAAUUGGGUCCAGUGCCUGAUGACGACUCCAACGCUGGAACAUUACGACAUGGUCAAUCUGGAAACAAUCAGAAUACUAUUGGAACCUCGCUAUUGACUGUAGUUGAAAACAUAUCAAUGUAUCGAGACAUGAUUGCACUGCUGAAUCACGGAGUGCGCGGACAGCGUGGCUUGCAAAAGCGCAUGAGAGCAUGUCUACGUAAUUUCGAACGACCUACAGCCGGUAAUAUGGGAGCAUGGGAAGAAGUAUAUCGUCGAUGGCGCUCCCUAUCACAAUUCAUCACCUCGAAAUCAUAUCCAGCCAGCAUAAAUUCAGAAAUGGACAAGGAGUCAUUGACUGGAUCUCGAAGUAAUUUCAGAGCUCCUCCACCACGACCUUCUAUAACGAAUGCUGCCGAGUAUCCGGAAGAUCGCGGUGAAUGGCAGAAUUAUACAGGGUUCUUGUGUGCUCUUGGCGGAUGUUGUUUGCUGGCUAGUGAAUUGAGUGCCAUGUCAACGCCACCUGCUGCUUCCCCGUAUCAGAAUCCACAGGCUUCUGCAUCGUCGGCUUCGUUGGCUACUGUUGCGACGUCUUCUUCAGGUGAGUUUAGUAGUUUUGGAUUUGAUGCUGGAGACACCUCAUCGCUUGAAGGAGGACAGCAAUCAUUUGCAAACUCACAAUUGAUGGGUGCAUAUGCAGCAGCCAAGAAAAUGGUGGAACGAUUUGUUAGCGAGAUGGUCGACCUUCUUGUUGCUGAUAAUGCUGUCGUUCGAGAAGUAGUGAAGGAAUUCUUGGGUUCUGAAAUGGCACCUGGUUUAUAUGGAAUUCUUUUCGCCCAACUUGAAACAACCUCAUCCCGCUUCUUUGACCCAAACACUGGUGAAGCCCUCUGCUCUGAACGACAUACCCUACUAGUCGAAUCCAUGAUAUCUGUAUUACGCAUCAUACUCGAACGGGCUGAAGAACUCGCUGAACGUGGAGAUCCACUUGCAGCAGUUGAUUUUGGUGGUCUGUUGUUACAAAUCACUUUGUAUUUGUCUCGGUUGGGCGUUUUGCCUGGUCAGCAAUCUGCAUCGAUGAAGGGCAAAAUACGCCUGUGUCAGCUGGUUGAGAAGCUGGUUGAGAAGAAACAGAUUGUAGGGUUGAGACAGGAGAUCAAGUUAAGGAAUCGACUGGUUGAGCUCAUUCUGGAAUGGAAUUCAGAGUUCUCGUUUGUUGGUAGAGAGGCGUUGAUGGAUGUGGUAUCAGGCACCGUCUCUGAUGAUUUAUCAAUAUCCAAAAAUCAAAAGUUACCACGAGAUUUGGACUUGGAAGCUAUGAAAGCCAUGGUUGCUUUACUAGCUGGACUUCCUCUUCAACCAACAACAAGCGAGAUGCUUGGUUCCAUCAAUGCCAAUGACGCAUCCGCUGAAAACAAGGGACGGUUGUUUUACAAGUAUUUCAGUUUCUUUCUGAAAGUGCUGCAAAAGUGCAAGUUGUUGGAGACAAUCGAAACAACCCAUACAGCACCAGGAGCAACCCUUACAGCUGAUUUGCAAAACCUGCUAGCCAAAUCAAAAGAAAUGAUACAGUACCUCGGUCCAUUAAAAGAUUACACCAUACUCGCAUUAUCGAAUCUCUUAUCCUCAAACAUCGACAUCGGACUUAAAUUCUCACUGAGUAUGGGAUACCACGAAGAUAGCAAGACUCGAGCAGCAUUUAUCCAAGUUUUGACAAAUGUACUGAGUAUGGGUGCUGCUGAUCAGUUUGAAGGAUUGGGUAAUGAAGAACGAGGACAGACGGAUCGGUAUGAGAAGCUGAUGGAUUUGAUACUUGAGCCUGGGAUGGAGAUUGUCAAGGCGCUUUGUGAAGUUGCUCCUGUUAGUGAGAGUGAUGAGAUUGCGCAGGUGCUUCUGUCCUUGUUUGAGGCACGUGGACAGAGUAUAAGGUUGUUGGCUGCUGUUAUUGCUAUUGAGGUCAUGAAGACUGACUCUCCAACAAAUCUCUUCCGCCGUAACUCGAUCGCAACUCGUAUGCUGACCAUAUUUGGACGUCUGAAUGGUCAAGAUUAUCUUCACUUAACUCUUGGUCCAAUAUUACGAGACUUGGUAUCUCGACAACCAUCUCCAUCCUUCGAAGUAGACCCAAUAAAACUGGGCGCUACUGAUGACUUGGCCAAAAAUCUCAAGAAUCUGACAACUGUGACUCAAGGAUUCUUGGAUGCUAUAUUGAGCAGUGGUCCUAAAUUCCCACGGCAGCUUCGAGAAGUUUGUGAGCAUAUAGCAAAAGCUGUCUCUGAGCGAUUCCCUGAAGCUCGUAUUACAGCUGUUGGUGGAUUUGUGUUUUUGAGGUUUCUGUGUCCUGCUAUAGUGUCUCCGGAAGGUGCUGAUUUGGUGCCUCAGAUUCAGAGCAAGGAUUUGAGACGUGGGCUACUAUUGAUAACCAAAGUCAUUCAAAAUCUGGCCAACAAUGUCUUGUUUGGUUCCAAGGAAACAUAUAUGCUGUCUAUGAAUGAAUUGCUGAAGGAAAAUGUAACUAGAGUGCAUACGUUUCUGAAGGAUAUAGCUAAUGUGGCAGGGUAUCCAGCACCAGAGUCUUUACCAGUAUCUCCUAUCGGCGCUCGCUUACACGAAAAUGAUGUGUAUCGUUUACAUCGUCAUCUAGUCCUAAAUCAAGAUCGGCUAGAAAAAUUUGCCGCUACUGUAAAACAAUUACCUACCACCACACAACCAACCUCACCAGAAGGCAAGAAACUGACUGUGAGACCUGGUGAAUCUAUAUCUCGAGUAACCACAACUGGAUCCCUAAAUGCUGUCGAAGCACUAGCAGGUGCAGGAGAUGCCUCUGUAGAUGUAGCAGAUAUAGCAGCUAGUAGUCGUCGCCACGCUUUUGCAGCCUUGUCGACAUUAUUGACCCAAUUGGGACCACCUAUUGAAGUCAGUCGAUUAGAAGCCAAUGAUAUUACAAUGCAUGCUCGACGAAGAUCUGCUCUGGGGGGCACCAUUAUGCGACCUGGUGCAUCGGCUACUGGACAGUUAGUUUCAGAGUUUAUGACUCGUGUUGAGAGUCGAGCUGGAUCUGCUAAAGCUAUUGAGCAGAUGAGGGAGUUGAAGUUUUUCUUUGAUGCAGGAAUGUCUAAGGAACGUCGACCAGUACUUUAUUACAUUGCACACAAAGUAGUGCCAGAGACUAUGGAUAUGGAGUUGCUGGUGUAUCACAUUCUCAAGACAAUGAAACCAUUCGUAUCAUCCCCCUUCGAAGUGGUUUUGGACGCGACUCAGUUCAGUGCAGCGAAUGAGUGGAGUCCAGAAUGGAUUGCUCGAUUAGAGAAACUCCUUCCAUACGAUGCAGCCACAUCAAUGUCGAGCUUGUACAUUUUCAAUGCCAAUAUGGCUCUUCGAAAAUACUCUAAAAAGUUUCCAAAGUAUCAAGGCAAACUUGGGAAACGAGUCUUGUUUUAUUCUAAUUUGAGCGAGUUUGGUGAACAUAUUACGGAUUUGAGGUUGCCAAAGUCAACAGUUGCUCUGGAGAAGGAAGUCACUGCUACAUUCGCAGCUGUAAACAAAGUCACGAGUUAUCGACAACAGAUGCCAGUGGUUAUUAAAGUCAAUCAGGAAAUGAUUCAAAUUACUUCGGUCAAGAAACAAGACAUUCUCGGAUACACAUCAAUAAUGAAUGACGUCUUCCAUGUAUCCGAUAUCGAGAGUGUAGGCUCAUCACCAACAAAACCAGAUGAUCAAGAAUUCACUUUCAAAAUAGUUGAACGUGUUGGAUCAUUUGGUGAUGGUAUAGGAGCAUCAAGUACUGCCGUCUCGGUAGUGACCUUCUCAUCAGCAAAACGAGAUUUGGUGCUACAAUCAGUUCGAGCCGCCAUUGCUCGAUUCCAAUUAUCAAAACCUGCUAAUAUUAUCGCUGAUCAACGGACGCUGAGACCGAGUGAUGUGCCAGGUACUUUGCUCAAUAUGGCACUACUCAAUAUAGGAUCUGAAGAUCCUAAUUUGAGAUUGGCGAGUUAUAAUUUGUUGUGUGCUUUGAGUAUGGCGUUCUCGUUUGACGUUGGGAAUCAGUUGUUAAGUGCUAAAGGCUUAUGUAUACCUGCCAACAAUCACGGGUUUGUGAUUUCGAUAUCUCAGCGGCUUGCAGCUACAGAGCAACACUUGACAUUGGAAUUCUUGCUGGAAUGUGGACUUGGUUUUGCCAAAUCUAACAAGGAGCUCAAGCAUCACUGUCUCGAAUAUAUGGCUCCAUGGCUGUCGAAUCUUGGUGCGUUUGCUAGAGCUGGUACUCUGCAAGUUGCAGAAGGGAGUGUAGAGGAUGCGUAUUCUCAGCAACUGAACAAGUUACGAGAUGUGCUUAAAUCGCUCAUUGAUAUCACAGUCAAGGAGAGAGAGAUGGACCCUCUUGUUCAAGCAACAGUGUGGACGGCUCUUGGUCGAGUAGACGAGUUUGUGCCUAUAGUACUAGAUAGUUUCAUACAAGGCGCUGUUGAAUCAGGAGUAGGAUCAGUCCAAACUGAAGUGUUGGCCAACACUACAGUGACUCUGGCUUCUGUAAACGUCAACAUUGUAGCUGGCAAGAUUAUUUCAAGGAUACGACGAGUACUCGCAGCCACAGCUCUGAAUCCAACACAAUCGCUAGUCGACCAUCCAUCAUGGAUGGAGGUUGCCGUCCUGAUCCGAUUUGCACUCAUGUUAUCAUUCAACAAUCGACUCAACGUACAACAAUAUGCCGCUGAAUUGGUGCAUAUUGGAUGUCUAGUAUUUGGUCUCGGCAGUCUAGGGACGCGGGCGUCGCUUCGAGGAGCCAUGAUCAAUGUUGUGCAAUCUGUAUGUACGUCAAUGGAUUUGGAUGAUGCUAGUCUGGGCACUUUACAGAUUAUAUUGAAUGAGUUGUCAGAGAGUCGGGGUGCAGCUGUAUUUGGAGUCGUUGCAACAUCAGCUGCUAAUACUGGCAAGCAAUGGAGUAACGCCAACGCAAAUGCUGCCUUUAUGCAUUAUUCAGAGACACAAUCGACUGAUAUGGCCAAGGAUGUACCAUUGUCGAGUGUUGAGACGGUUGUUAAUAUGUUGUUAGAUGUGUUGACGUAUGGAACUAUUGACCCAGAACAAUCUUCAACGUGGAAGGCACGAUGGAUGAGUCUCAUAGCUAGCACAGCCUUCCAAUAUAAUCCUGCCGUCCAGCCACGAGCAUUCGUAGCUCUUGGAUGUCUAGCUCGAGAUGACGUUGAUGAUGAUUUGCUGCAUCAGAUACUAGUGGCAUUACGAGGAGCUCUGACAUUGUUUGAAGACAAUGACUGUAGUUUAAUCGUCAGUAUCAUCAUGGCACUAUGUAAUAUUGUUGGAGGGCUGACGGACGAAUCUCGCUAUCUACGAACCAUUUUUUGGCUGGCUAUAGCGCUAUUGCAGAUAGGACAUGUGCCAAUCUUCCAGAGUGCACUGCUGCUGCUGCAAGUCAGUCUUCGAACGCUGGAAGCUCAAGGGCUGUUUGAAGAAGAGGGUAUUGCUCCACCGCUAAUGCAGGCUAGAGGAGCUAUAAUAGAGGCUGCUGGUCAGCUUGAUGCUGCAUCUGGCAUACAUUUCCGAAACGACUUCCCAUUCGCCAUCGCCGCUACAUUGUUGAAAGGACUUCGGCAUCCAUCUACUCGUACCGCUACUACUUCAGUCCUUUUGACAUUCUUACGUAUUGCGGCACGUAAUCCACCAGAUUUACGACGUACAGCCGAUACGACCACAACACGUAUUGGUACAGAUCGUUUAGGAUACCUCGUGCCUCUUCUACCGGGAUCCGAUCAUAUAAGACAGCUUCUAGCCACGGCCGGUAUACAGAAUCCAGAGCUAGAUCCUGAAGCAGAAAUGCCAUAUACACCCAUAUCGAACGCUGUUCCUGCAUUUGGCUCGAGAGAUGCUUUGUCGCGUGGAACUACCCCGGCAUCGAAUCAAACUAGAAAAAAGAUAUGGAAUGCUCCUCGAAUGCUGGAUAACUUUGUCAUCAAUGAGACCACUUCCAUAACGUUGGCUGCCAGUGUGUUGGUAACCAUGUUGGAGAAUGUCGAGUAUGAGUCUGAGACACUCUUCAUAUAUGGAUUUGUCGCCGAGACUGCUCAAUCAGCACCAGAGGUCUUUUCACUAUUAUACGAGAGCCUCUAUGGCAAAAUGAUGCAAGCGCUGAGCACCUCCCAGUCACCACCCAUCAUUGAAGCUGUACAGUCGAUACUGAAGGCUGUCGUGGCACUUCCACCGAAUCAACAACCGCCGCGUGUCAAUACACCUAGUCCCGCUAAUACCAUACAACCCAAAAAGCCAGGACAGCCACAACAGCUAGCUGGACUAGUCUUUGGAGUACAUGCAUCGCAGGUCUUGAAUGAGUUAGGAUUCCAAGGACUUGCAGAGUGUGGUAGUUUUGCUGGAGUAGCAAGACAAAAGAAGGUUAAACAAGCAGCCUUAUGUUGUGCUGUAGUUGAAUCUAUAAUCUCACUCUAA